AUGGAGGUACCAGGCAAGCAGCGUACAUAUGACACAAAAACCCUUGACGCGACGUGCCAGCCUUGCUCCCGCGAUGGGGAAACCCUCCCAGCCGAUGUCUACUGUAGUGUCUGCAAAGAGUUCCUGUGCUCUACAUGUAGAAAUGAACAUAUGCAGUUCAAGGCUACCAAAGGGCAUGCACUUCUUCAUGCUACAGAUUUGCCAACACAAGAUGAGAGCACAGAAUGUUGUGAUAUCCAUCGUGGAGAAUUAAUCAAGUACUUCUGUCUGAACCACCAGUCUCUUAACUGUGGACAUUGUUCAGUUCUUGAUCAUAAAGCUUGUGAUCAGCAAAUCAUCUCCGAUGUAGCUAAAGAGUUUAAAGAAGACCAAGAAUACAUGGAUAUUACUGGAGCUUUUGCCGAACUACUUAAGAAAAUCGAUGCAUGUUCCUCAGAUGUAGAAAGCAGCUUUGAUAUUGUUCGAACACUUUGCGAAAAAGAGACUUCUGAGGUUGGACAAUACCGUGACACACUGAACAAAUACAUUGAAGAAAGAGACAACUCCCUCCGAAAAGUUAUAGAGCAGAUGAAAAGUAAUGAUGAAACAUUGCUUGACACUUUGAGACAAAGAUGUGUCAACUUAAAGUCCAAAGCUGAAGAAAGCAUUGGAAAACUGAAGGCCAAAGAGAUCAAUGCAAUCCGAUUGUUUAUUGAGGUCAAAAGAACGAAGAAAAUAUUUCAGGGUCUUCGAUCAGCUCUUGCUGCAAUCCGUAAGGAGAAGACUAUUCACCAGUAUCAGUUUAAAAAGGACCAUGCCACGGAGGGUGUGCUGGCUUCCAAGACUGGCCUGGGUACUGUAGAAAACAUACAGGACAAGAAGAAAACAGAAAGUCUGGGCAGUGCUGACCUAACCAGAAUGCAGUUCGCGGAAACUUCUCCAAUACCGGUGAAUUCUAAAGAUGAUAAAACGCACUGCUUCCUGACCAACAUGCUCCUCCUUCCUAGAGACAGGCUAUUAUUGACUGACUUUGAAAACGCCACAGUGAAGCUAGUUGAUUUGAAGACCAGCAGGCUGUUGGCACGGGUCAAACUGCAAAGUCGGCCGUUCUCAAUGUGUCUCAUUAACGAGACCAUGGUAGCUGUUAGUUUCCCCGAGGUACGUGGUAUUCAGUUUUUGGAAAUAAAGGAGCAGAUUCUACUGGGAGACAUGUUAAAGGUGGUCGAUAAAUAUUAUGGCAUCGCGUAUUAUGAUGAAAGGUUGGUCGUGUCUCAUUACAGUGAAAAACUGGCUUUAACUGACAUGAAAGGGAAGGUGGUCAAAGAGAAGAACAACAAAGAAAAUAAACAGCAGCCGUUUGCUUAUCCGUGGUAUUUGACAGUCGUAAGGGGACACCAGGGAGCAGUUAUUUACGUAUCUGACUUGGGCACGAGUACCAUCACCAAGUUGGACAUGGAUCUGAACAUCCUUCAGACAUUCAAAGACUUUGCGUUGCUUAGAGGACCAAAGGCCAUCGCAACAGUGGAAAACCAGCUGCUUAUUUGUGGCAGUCGUAGUAACAGCAUCAUAUGUCUAGACAUGUCUAGUGGCGAGAUUACCAACCUUUCAUUAAAGGCAAAAGAAGGGAUAAUUAGCCCACAGAGUGUCUGCUACAGUCAACAGCUUGGCAAGUUAUAUGUUGCUUGCCAGUGCGAAGUCGACAUAAAUAAAUUAGUAAAUGUUUUUGUCGCUACACAAAGGCAUUAA